AUGUGUGGAAUUUGCUGCUGUCUUUUCGUAGAUAAUCAGAGUUCGAGGGAUAGUUUCCAGGUGGGCAGAUUUAACUAUUUGAAAUAGAACAGCUGACGAUUUAGAAGUUAUACUUUCUUGUACUUCUUGAUAACUGCUAGUGGUUGAUCCAUACUUGCGAGUGUUUGUCUGUGAAGCACCGCUCCUUAAUUGAACAAAAAAUCUAAGGAAAUGCACCAAAAAGUUAUUAGGUAAGUAUGAGUACACCUGUACCUCAGUCUGGCGACAAUGCCCCGCUGGGGCCACACAUCACAAAUGCGAGUGUUCUAGUGGGACAAAGACAAAGACAAUCUGUAAUUCAGAGUUUCUGGAAGGAUUCAAUCCCUUGACGGGUUAAACACACGGGAUCUGGUUGAUUGCUUAUGUUAAGUAUCCUACCGGAGAGGAGAGUGUGAUGUUCAUCGCAUUUUUAGACCAAAAAAAAUGGUGCUCUGCAGUUUUAGGCCACGUUCCUCUCCUUUUUUUUUCAAUUUUCAAGUUUUGCACAACUAAAACACCUGAAAUCGUUGUGCUAUUGACUUCAUGUAUUGCAGAGAGGUCAUUACCUCUGGAGAUCUAAAAGCUGAUGGAGACUCUAUUUUGCUUUCAUCCCUCCCUCCCCACCCCACCCCCUCCACUAAUAUCAACAACCAAUCCGCUUGCCAAUUACUGGAAGACAAAUAUCAAUUCAACAAUUUAAUCUAGUCAGUAUUUGCAGAUCAGGGAGAAAAAAGGAAAAAAACUGAAAAGGGAAAUAUUUUAAAUUAAUAACAACUGAAAAUUUCAUUUUAAAAGGUUAUUUCAGGUUCCAUUCUUCCUCACCUGGAAAGAAGGGGUCCAGAUCACAGUGGAAGAAAUGAGGUUUCUGUGGAAAAUGAAAAUGGAACCAUCUGCUUGGCUUUUGUAAGCACAGUGCUUCAUUUAAGAGGCAGGAAGACUCCGCAGCCAUUACAAGAUGAGUGUGGGAAUAUUUUAUUAUGGAAUGGAGAAAUAUUUGGCGGUCUAGCUGUAAGUACAAGUAGUGUGUUCAGGCUUUUGGGGAAAGAUUGAAAAAUAAAAGAUAGUGCAAGUGACCACUUGAAGCAUGUUUUGAUUCCUUUGUUUGAUGUAUGUGCUACACUACUCAGAGUAUGCAAAGAACUUUUAGUGAUAACAUGAAACUACACAUAUUGUCAAUGUAGAAAUUGCAUGCAAUGAACUCUUUUCUAAAAUGUAAAUGUGCCCCGACAUCUUCUACAAAGGGACUUUCUGUUCUUGAAGUUCAAUUCUCUUAAGCGACCACCUCUUGUAAGCGACCGCUAAACCUUCGCAUUUUGAGUGAUCAUGUUUGGGAAGUUUGACUCAAUCUGUUCUUCCAACCUUUUUCCUGUUUUCCCUUUUAGGUUAAUGAAAGUGACAAUGAUACCUUGGUUCUGCUAGAAUAUUUGUCCAGCCAUUAUCCAGACAUGACUCCUUCUCAACACAUUCUUUCAACAAUGGCCAAAGUUCAAGGACCCUGGUCAUUUGUUUACUGGCAGGUAAACUUAAAUAGGCACAGAUUGAAACAGUAAAUCUAAUGAUGGCAAUAUUACCAUUAUUUUUAUUAUAUUAUUAUUAUUAUUAUUAUUAUUAUUAUUAUUAUUAUAACAAUAAUGUUAAUGGAUUUCUAAAAACACAUUUUGUUGACAUGAAAGCAAAGUUGAUUGACAACAUCCAUUUUGUGUUUUACUUGAUAGGACAUAUUAAAUCUCAACAAAAUUAAUGCAAAGAAGACAGGGGAGGGUGCUGACCAAAAAUUCUAAUCAAUUACACAACCCACAUUUCUCUGGUGACCUUUUUUAAAAUUAGUGCAAGUAAUUUCUUUUCCCUUGGGAGUUUGAACAUUUGUUAGAGUGUUUUUAGGAAAAACCAAAUCUGGACUCAUUAAUUCAUUAAUCCUAAAAUAUUUUCGUUAAUUUGCUAAAAUCAAUUGAAAUGGAUUUUGAAUCUAAACCAAUCGCACAUGAGUUUGUUAGAUCAAAUCUAAAUCCUGAUUCCUAUGUUAUCUGUUCUUUUCAUACACCAGUCAAAAAAAAAAUACUCCUUUCAUGCGGUUUCCCCACUGAAAAUAUGAGGUCCACCCUGUUGUCAUGAGUUAAUGUAGGUAUUGUGGACACGCCGAAGUAAAAAUUUGGGUUUUUUUGUCUCUGUCGAAAUAACAAACGCAAGGAAUUUGAGAACCAAAGAUAUUUACUUGGAUUUUCCCAAAGAAAGGCAACGCGCCACUUUGUAGUUUCUUUUGUUUUUAUUGCUAUUUUUGUGCAGGCAAAUGAGCAGAAACUUUGGUUUGGUCGAGAUUACUUUGGACGUCGAAGCUUGUUAUGGCAUCUUCCAACAGAUUCAAACGAUGUUCUAGCAGUGACGUCAGUGACGGAAAGAAAUUCUUCUGCAACUGAUAAACUGGUAUUCAUUUCCUUUUCUUUUCUUUUUUUUUCUCUAACCUUUUUCACGUUGAUCCUUUUCUUCUCGCUUAAAAUGCUUGUGUGAGGGGGUGAAAAAGAAUACAAUCCUUGCAUGAUGCAACAGAUCCUUCACGAAAUGACACGCACCAUCACCAAACCACGAUCCUCGGAGAGCGUCUCUUACGCGUUAAAUUUUGAUCGUUCCUUCUUAACAUGGAUGGUAUAGAGUGCUUCUUUUUUAUGCCUUUAUACUAUCUUUGGCGGCGGUUUAGCUUUGGCUAAGCUGUUCACAAAAUUGUUUAUUGAGAGAAAACUUAUAUUUCACAGAUAAAAAUCACUCAUACAUAAAAAAUGCACUUCCCCGCUCCGCUUUCCUUAAUUCCGCGGCUCUAGAUUUCAAUUUAUUUUCCAAACUUCCAGUUUGGAUAUCUCUGGUAAGCCGACGCCUGGUCCAAAAUCUGGCCAUUUACUAGAACUCUGACUGUGUGCCCGAUGAAAUAGGAGUUCCAGGUAGUAGACGGCCUUAUAUUUGCUUCGUUUGCUCAAGAUGGUGUAUAAUACCUUCGUGAUUUGGAGUGAUUUAAUUUAUAGGUUGUAGGUUCAUUAAUACCACAGUCAAUCUUUGAGACAGAGUUUAUCGACUCGGCCAACAAAAGAUCAUGGCUCACGAUACAGCUAUUUUGAGAAAGGUUGUCGGAAAAUAUGUGCGCGCAACAAUCCCGAAAGGUAACAUGGGAUAUGAUCAAUAUACUGUUCCUGACACUGUAGCUGUCGAACAUACUUUUGUUGCUUUCCUUUAGCACUUGCAAACAUAUGUCCAUGGCCUAUCGUGUCAUUCUUUCAAAUUCCGUUGAAAAACAGCAAACUUAAGAUCACCCACAAUACCUUACGGGAUUGUCGCGUGCACUUUUUCCGACAACCUUUCUCGAAAUAGCUGUAUACAUAAUGUACAUCACACUCACCCUAUAACCUGCUUAUGACAUAACUCCCAGGCUCAAACCGUUUAAAACGUUAAAACGUGCUUUAUGGUUAUUUCAGCAUUUUGAAGAAGUUCCUGCAGAUGGCUUAUAUUGUGUGGAUUUGCUAAAUAACACUAGGGAAGAGAACACGAGAAAACCUUUAGCCAUUCGCAAAUUUGAGUGGAGUUCCAAAGAUGCAGAUUUUCAAAACUCUAUGUUCUUAAGCUGUCCCGUGUUACCGUUUAAUAAGCAGAUGCCCUCAAGGGAAGAUCUACGUGUUAUUGCGGAGACCAGACAAAGAAUUUACUUAAAGGAUGAAGAAAAACUGGAAGAAAAUUUUACAUCAGAAAUCAACAACAUUUCUAGCAAGGAUAAGAAUGCGAAAGUCGAAAAGAUCGCUGUCGAAAGCGAGUUUUCUUAUCUUGACAACUCUAAAAGUAUAGCAGGCUUAAGUAAAUCGGAAAUCCAAGAUGCGUGUCCUAAUUGUGAAGAACGAUACGAGUUCCGAGCUCUUGAAAAUUGUACUAGUACUGUAAAUUCGAGAUUCAGUUCACCCAACAGAGCGCCCACAAGAAAUGUUGAGUUAAAUGCCUCCGACAGUCUACCCUUUCUAGCCUCCAGAGGUCUUUCAAAACUUAACGACGCAGAGAAAUCGCGACAUAGUUUUGAAGAAACUAUACCUCGUGAAGCAACGCCAAGCGAAGCUGGCGAUUGUAAAAGUAUACCACAAGCAUGUUGUGAUCGUGGUUUGGUGGAAACACUGUGGAAUUCUACCUUUGAAGCGCUCAGAGACAAGUUUGUUACUGUUCUUGGUGAAGCAGUGAGAAAGAGAGUUUUUAACUUGCCAAGGAUAAAGAGUAACUCCGUAUCAUUAGGUUUACAAGAAGCUUCAUCCAGUUUGACUGCAAAAGAGAAGAGCUCUCUAGAAACUAAGGACAAAGAUGCUCGUGUCGGAAUUUUAUUUUCUGGUGGUAUUGACUCAAUGAUGAUAGCAGCUUUAGCGGACAGGUAAGGCGGUUGAGUAUGCGUAUAGUUGUGCCGUUGCAUUGCAACAUACCAAGGUUCAAGCUUUUCUAUCUCACGGCUUUUUUUUUUAGCCUACACAGAAAGAUCUCCAGUCUCACUAGCCUGCGUAGCAAGCGUUUACAAUCGAGUCAUUGAGCGAAAGUUUGAGCGAGAGCAAAAGAAAUCAUUCCUUUUAUUGCUAUCAUCCCACAUUUCAAGACGAACUCGCGCGAGAAAUGCUUGCUACGCAGGCGAGAGUGUUGAUAAAAAAAUUGAAAGAGCUACCCACACAGAUACGUAAAACCGGACGGGAACCAAAUGUAUCAAAAGACAACAACAAGAAAAUAGAAAUUAAUAAAUUAACGCACACACAAAAUAAUUGUUUCUUUGAUCUAAAAUUAAAUGUGCUGAAACACCGACGUGUUUACCCACUAAGCGAUAAAACGAAGGAGGAGAGCCGGAAAAACCAAGGGGGUAAGCGGGGUUUGAUCAAACAAAGCAUAGCGAACUCAUGAACUCAAGACAGUUUGCCCGUUUGCCAUUACUUUACAAAAGGUGUCAUCGUUUAACAACUUUCAACUUUUUUUAGGUUUGUUCCUUUGGAUGAAGCCAUAGAUCUUAUAAAUGUGGCUUUUGAACAAAAGCCGCGUUCGAGCAACGCACAAACGAGAAGUGGUAAGAAAAGAAAGGAGAAGCAAAGUGCAAAAGCAGCAGCCAAUAUAGAAACAACAAACUUCAGCGUUCCAGAUAGAUUGACUGGAAUAGCAGGUUUGGAAGAACUUCGACGCAUUAACCCGGCACGACAGUGGAACUUAAUUGAGGUAAGUUUGCGCGUAAUGAUGCGGUUAAAGCCCUCUUUACUAGCACGUAGGGUAGACAUAACGGCGGGGUUACCUAGCAAUACAGACAAAGUAGCCAAGGUUUUUCGUGGAUGACUUUUUUUUUCGGUAGGUAUGGAUUAUACCCUGUUUAAACUGGUCCGAAUAAAUUUUUGAACGAUUUUCCCCACAUGCAGCAAGAAACCUGGCCAAAAUUUGUCCGAACUCUCUGAACGGGCUCUUAGUAUCCCUUGCAGCCUUUUUUUCUGAGAAGCGCUGCGUGACGACACAAAGAAGGCAGUGAAGGAGACUAGGGAUGGCUUGUCUACCCAAGAAACCUCAAUCAAACACUAUGCUUGUACUACCUCAGUUCAGUCGAACUUCUCCUUUCAAAAGUAUCUAAAAUACGGACUAACUCUCUACUACGUACAGUGCUCUUGAUUCCAGAGAUAGGAACCUUCAUACAUGUAGGUAAAAGGUAAAGGGGGACACGAGCCACGUUUCUGUAGCAUGAAGCAAACCCAGGAGUAUUGCUACUCCCCCCUGUACGGGAUGCUAGUCCAACGCAGGGUUACCCCCCUGCAGUAUGUCGCCGUUACCCAGUUAUAUACCUGUGUAAAGAGACACAAAGGGGAAUAAAGUUCGUUGUCUAAGGAAACAACGCGUCGGGCAAGGCUUGAAUGUUAACUGCUCGGCCACACACGCCUCCACGAAUCUUCAUAUAAUUGUGAAUUUAUUCACAAGAACUUUUGACAGCCCAGAGGUUGGCUUUUCAGUUGAAUUGUAGGCAAGGCAAGUGACAUCCGCUGCACUCGUAUUUAAACUUCGGAACACUCUUUGGACAUAAUUUGAAUCACACAAAACCUUAAGAAAGGGAUGUGUUUGCAGACACUUAGUGGUAUUUCCCAUUGCUUUUAACCAUUUUGUCUCCUUUGCCUUAAGGUUGAUGUGACCCUUGAAGAGCUACAACAAAUGAGGUACGAAUCGUAUAUUGCUUUUAAGCCACUGCUGUCUACUCCUACAUUACUUUUGAGUUUUCAAUAUGUUAGAAAAAAUUAUUCCUUUCCGAAUGCCAAGAAUGACGCGCUGCUAAGUCCUAAUUUUAAAUUGUACUCUUUAAAUUCAAACUUUUUGUUCCCAAUGAUCAGGUCCCGCCAUGUCAGCCAUUUAGUGUCUCCUUUAAAUACUGUGUUAGAUGAUAGUAUCGGCUGUGCCUUAUGGUUUGCUGCUCGUGGGACUGGUCAUUUACGCUCCUCACACAUGAACUGUGGUCUUCAGGAUACCCUUUUGGUUGGUAAUAAAGAGGAUAUAUACACAAGUCAAGCUAAGGUAUAUAACACAAACAUUUAGUACAACUCACUUUCCUCAAAGUUAUCCUAUUCUAGGCAGUGUUAUUGUCUAAGCUGUAGAGUUUACCGUAUCUACUCAAAUUUAAACUUGUCGAGGGCGGCGCAUAUUUAAGGAUGGAGUUUAUUCUAAAGUUGGACGCGAGAUAAAGAAUUGUAUUAACCAGGGUAUCAUUAUUUUCCGUAUUAUACUCCCAGUAUUAACGACUUCUGAUUUUGAUUAUAUCAGGGCCGCGACGCUAAUUCGGGGGCGACGCUUAUUUUAAAACUUCUUUCUUCCAAAUGCGGCGUUUAUUCCGGGAUCGGUGCUUAUUCAAGGAAAUACGGUGUGAAGAUUCAUGUACAAAUUGCCCGAAAUAUCUGUCACAUAAUCUGCCACUCUGGUUAAAGAGAUAUAAAGUUGUAAAUGUAUUAAACAAGAUAUUUUACACAGCAAAAACAUUCAUAGGUGUAAGCACAAAUAAAGGAAAAAUGAUCGAAGAGGCGAUUUUAGUAUCAGCCAAAGGACUGUUGAACGGCCUUAUUGUUGGUUUUAUUUAAUGUAAAUAUUUUUUUGUUUGUUUGUUUGUUUUAGGUAUUGCUGGUCGGUAUGGGAGCUGAUGAGCAACUCGGAGGAUACGCCAGGCACAGAACCCGCUUUAUGUAAUUACUCGUUCUGUUUAAUAGUGUUUGCAUAGCCUGAUAGAAACAGGAGAGGGGUUGGGAGAAUUCGAGACAGUUAUGCAAACCCGAGACGAAGUCGAGAAUUCUCUUUUAAACCCGUCGAGUGUUUAUAUCAGGCUAUGCAAAUACAAGAAAAAAAGUUUUCUAUAGCUUUUAUAAAUCAACUUUCCGGAGAAAAAACGCAAAACUCUUUGUUAUAGCACUGACUAAGACAGAAAUUCUCACCAGUCGUGAAGUCUUGUACACGAAGUUCUUUAAUCUUACAUGCGUAAUCAGUAGUUUUGCAAGAAAGCUAACGGAUUCUUAAGAUGCUAGGCAUUUCCUUACUUGUAAUUUAUUUUUAGUUUUCCUUUUAUUACACUGCAUGUAACUGACUAAAACUCCCUUCUGUAACUAUGAUUAUUCUAAAGCCAAAUGUAAAUAAAGCUUGUUGUUGUUUUUUGUUCUCCCCUACUAACUAGAUCACACACAUCCUUGCUUUCUUUUGUAUUUCAGCAACGAAGGUUGGUCGGGUUUAAUAGAUGAGAUAGAAAUGGAAGUGAAACGCAUUUCCAAGAGAAACCUUGGACGUGAUGAUAGGUCAGCGUUUACUGUAUGAACAUUGAAUUUCAUCUGCAGUGGAGCCCUAAAGCCUUUUUGAAACUAUGUAUAGAGAAGACCAAUUAUCUGUCUCACAGGAAUGAUUAGCCCGGAGAUCAAAAAGUAUUAAAGUUGUAAUAACUCAAAGUUUGUUUAAUUCAGUUAAAUUCCGAAAAUUAAUCUCAGAUGGUCAGAGACUUUUUUUAUCGACUGAGUUUGCCAAUGAGGUUCUCUAGAUGUGUGUUGGCAUGCAGGGUUUUCUGAAGUUUCCCCGGUGCUGAUCCUGGAAACGACAUUAGAAUGUCCGUACAAGCAUCCUGUCCAACUGUUUCCUCGAGUUUAUAGCCAGAAAAAUAGUUCGUGUGACAGCAAAUCCAGUUAGAAUGGUAACCUGUCUCUGGAUCUAUCAUUGAGUCCGGCUACAUGAUUUUCUGUGCCUGGCCCUAUUUGCAUUUUUCUUCUUAAAGAGCUGAUUGAUUCAUCGCGCCGUUGAUCGUGCCUGCACCCUCCUUUCCUGUCAGUUUAUCCGUAGGUUCCAUUCAAAAGUCAACCUAAAUUAAGCGGCCAUCAGCUGGCUAUUGUUGACUGUAUUCCUAGAUUGUCCAGUUGAGGCUUAUAAAUAUAUUUUUUAACACCAGAAGACAGCUGUAUUGAACUGUUUAAUUUUUCUGAGGCAUCUUUCAUUCGGUAUGACUAAGUUAACAGUAUUGUUUGAAAAUGAUUUUCAGGUGUAUAUCAGACCACGGUAGGGAAGCGCGGUUCCCCUUUCUUGAUGAGGACGUUGUCUCGUUUCUGAACAGUUUGCCAGUGUGGAUCAAGGUAGAGUGCAAAAUGUAUUUUUUGGUAUGGGGUAGCUAAUGUCCUUAGCAUGUGAAUGCAAAAGCAUAAAAUGAAGAUUACUUUACAAAGUGAGUAGUGCUACGCAUUUGAGUUCUCUUUUGCAUUUUUCUUGGAUGAGGUUUGCCAUCCCCUGUCUAGUGGUAAAAAUUUGUCAACAGACCUUUUCGCAUUCCAGUUCAAUAUGUAUGAUCCGUCAAUAUCAAAUCAGAACACAUUGAACGGGCUUUGUAGCUUAUCCUUAACUUUACUGAUGUCUUUUUUACUAUUUUGAAUUAUUAGUUUUCAAGGAUAACUUUUCUGCUUUGAAGUCGUGGGGGUAUGACGCUUUUUAGUGACAAAGUUCAACUUCUCAAUUUCAGACAGACCCAGCCCUGCCGAGGGGGACUGGGGAAAAAGUUCUACUGCGCCAAGCGGCAAGGCUGCUCGGUUUGACAUCAUCAUCACAGCUGCCCAAACGGGCAAUCCAGUUUGGAUCUCGAAUUGCUAAAAUGGAGAGUAACGGAGAGAAGGGCUCGGAGACUUGCUCAAGGCUAGAGUUUUAACGAGAAUUUACUUUGGCCUGUUAGUGAGUACCACACUCCAGUAUCGUGGUUAAUAAUAGCAAUUAAAUACCCUGUUCAGCAAAACAGACAAAGAUUUUUUUCAAGUCAAGAAGAACAAGAGCCCCGCCCCUCUCCACGGAGAGGAGAAACUUUCUUUUGGUAUGAUUUUGCGCUCUGAAAAUGAUUCAUAUCCUGGUUAUUAAAAUGUCGGAUUGAGCUAUCCGCUGGAUUAAUCACCAUUCAGGGGAUAAGUAUUAAGGAAACCAAUUGCAUUAAUCACUGAAUAAAGCUGGUUUUAACCAGUGGUUAGCGUCGUCCACCUUUCGAACAAAUGGGCCAAGAUUGCCAAUAGCUUCAUUAAAUGUACUGUGACAAAACAUCGUCAAGGUCUAUCUGCUCUUAUAGUGUUUCGCAGAUUGUAUUUAUUAUAUUGCAUUUUGCAUUAAAAAUUUAUUUUCUGCGCUUGGUG